CACCAUUGGAAUUUAUAUGGUCUGUAACUCGACACAGUACGGAUGAUUUCACACUUCAAAUGCCUCAAAUGAUUUUAAAAGCUAACAAUACGUUUGUCGUUGUGUUUGCUUGGUUAUGUAUGCCGUUUAGUCAACAUCAUCGUGAUUAGCAUGACGAAAUGUGAGUAACACGUCGAGGUGCUAAAUUAGCUCCGUGUAGCUAACCCGGUUAGAUAAGCUAACGGCAAACCAAUCCAACGCGAGCUCGUGUUGACGUCGUACGUGCUCGCGCCCUGCCCAUCCCGUCGUCAAGCACGCGCGCUGUGUCGAGUCGAAGCAGCAUCAUCUCGACGUGAGCGAGCGUGGCACGCGCACACACCUGAAGAGGACGAAGAAGACGCAGCGUGACGCCCCCCCCCCCCCCCCACCAACCCCGAUCAACAAAAGACCACCGAGACAAGAUGUACCACUCCGACCACGGCGUCGACCUCCCCGACCUCUCCUUCCAGAUUCCUGGCAGCGAUCCACAGCCGCGCCCGUCAGGCCGGCAUUGAACACGUGCACCGACACAUCCGCCGCGCCACCGAUCCUCAAGCUGUAGCUCCGGUCCCAAACCCUCCGCACCAUGGACGACACCACCAAGCUAUCCGGCGAGACCCUGAUCGUGCACCACAUCCCGCUGGUGCACUGCCAGGUGCCGGGGGCCCGGCAGGGGGGCUCCCUGAAGAGGAGCAACCCCUUCAGCCUGCCGGAGAACCUGGGCUUGAGUCGCACCACUUCGCUCCCCGAGCGGGACGUCCUGCAGAGGGAGGCGCUGCUCUACAGCAGUCUGAUCCAGACCUCCAGCGCCGCCUGGGGCGCCCGCCCCGGGGACAAGAGGGGCGGCGGCAGCACGGCCAGCGACUCCUCCUUUGCUUCCAGCAUCUCCGACGAGCAGCUGGGGGCGGCCCACACGUUGCCUCGAGCCAAGAGCAGGCGCCGAAGUCCUCUACGCCGCAACCCCUUCCUGCUGAAGGACGACGACGAGGACGAAGACGAGGACGACCAGGACAACCUGAGCGGCUACCACGAAGACUCCUCCUUCUGCCUCCACGCCGACUCCGCCCUCGACGACGCCAUGGCGUCCUUCCACCUGCACGACCUCGGCUUGGCGCCGGAGCCGUUCCUUUUGCACGGCAGGCGGCGGUCUUUGGGGGGCGUGGCCUCAGACUCGGACCCGGGCCUGGACGGCCAGCGCCGCCACGGCAGCAGCGGCUCCAACAUGUCGGUGGAUUGCGGCGAGCAGGACUGGGAAGACGACGAGGACGAGGACCACCCCAUGCAGUGCGGGCGCAGCAGCAAGACCGGCUCGUAUUCGUCGGGCUCGUCCAAUCAGCACUGCUCCUGCUGCUCCCGCAACUUCCCCCCCGGCUUCCCGGACGCCUUCGCCGAGUGCCAGCAGGGCUACGGCAGCGACUCGUCCUGCAACAGCUCGGACGGCGUGCUGGUCAACUUCAGCGCCAUUUACAACAAAAUGAACAACGGCGUUCCUGAAAAGCCUCCGGGCUCCGCCCCCGCCAACCUGAACAGCCCCGCCUGCGCCUCGCCUGUCUCCGACACGCCGGGACGCGACUCCACGGGCGGGGCCUUCUACCUGGACCUGCACAGCUCACCCGCUGAAGCUCCAGGUUCGCGGCAUCAGGGCGGCACCUUCCCCCACCUGUCCUCCUGCUCCGUGGAGGCCGCCCUGGAGCUGGACGCUAACUGCAACGCCUUCCACCCCUCUCACGGCGGCCCCUCCUCGGGGGAGCUGGCGUCCUGCCUGCAGAGCCGGGCCCGCCUGGUGGUCGCCACCCAGAACUACUACAAGCUGGUCACCUGCGACCUGUCGUCCCAGUCGUCCCCCAGCCCCGCCGGGUCCUCGGUCCACAGUGGCUCCGAGGAGCACAGCGGGGGCAGCCCCGCCCCCACGCAGCCCAGCGAGUACUUCCUGUUCAGGCAGAGAGCCGGCGAGGAAGCCGAACGUGUCGAGGAAGACGAGGACGGAGGGUCGGCGAGGAGAGAUAAAGACGCCAAAGAUGAAGAGGAGGAAGAUGACGACCAGGGGAGGGGCGAGGGCCAGGACGCCCACGCCCACGCCCUCAUCCAAGGUCAAGUCUACGUCAACGCCUCCCCUCCCGUCGGACGCCUGCGUUCCCGCAGCUACGACCGCCACCUGGACAAGUCCCCGCCCCCCAGGCUGGGCUCGUUGGAGCGCAUGCUGAGCUGUCCGGUGCGUCUCAGUGAGGGCGGGGCGAUGGCGCCGCCCCCUCCGCCUCGAGUCACCUCCUUUGCCGAGAUCGCCAGGAGCAAGCGGCGGCACGGCGGGUCGCCGUCGCUCAAGGCGGAUCCCUUCUCUUCGACCUACUCCGCCCACUCUUCGGCUGAAUUUUGUCCCGUAUUGGAGAAGCGUGCGGAGGCUAGCGCCGCGGCGGCCUUUGCUGGAGGUUACAACUCACAGCAUGAAGGUGGUCCCUCCGGCUCCUGUGACGUCCACCCGCCAGUGGUCCGCUACAGCAAAGACCAGCGUCCCACCACCCUCCCCAUCCAGCCCUUCACCUUCCACCACCAGCUGGCCUCCAAGCCCCCCCAGCCCAAGCCGCUGCCCCCCCUGCUCACGGGCCACGUGUCCGGGAUGCAGGCCCAGGACGGCGACGACGCAGCGUCGGCGGGGCCGCCACCCCCCGACUCGGUGCGUCCGUCGCCCCUAGGGAGUUACUCCCCGGUGCACCUCCAAGAGGCCGCCACCAGCUCGGGGACGUGCUCCACGUGCACCCCCAGCCCCGCCCCCGCUCACAACCUUUCCUGCCCGCUCUCGGCGGGGCGCUGCCCCCAGACCGCCACGGCCAAACAGAACUCGGGACCCUUGCCGCCGACCCCUCCCCCUGCCAGCCUGGGCUUAAAAAGGGGCGUGGUGCCGCCCAUGCUGCCGCCCGUCCAAGGACCCGGUCUGCAGCGAGACACGCUGAGCCCGCUGGGAUGCGUGAAGGCCGGGAACCACGCGGACGCCGGCAAAGCAGCCAGGAUGAACAACGCACACCACCUUUCCCCUCAGGCCUUGAAGUGGAGGGAGUACCGCCGCCAAAACCCCCUCGGGGGCGAGAGGCCGUGCGGCGUCUCUUCAUCGUCGUCUGCAUCCUCCUCCUCCGCCGCCACCGCCACUGGCUCGGACCCCCGGCGCCCCGCUCGACGCAACGUGUUCGAUUUCCCUCUGGCUCCGUCGGGUCACCCGCCAGGACGCCCCCAUGUCAAGCCCAUGCAGCAAAGCUACGGCGACUUCCUGCCCGACUACUUCUCUCUGACCGAGCGGCCGCCAGAGGAGUUCUGCCUCUCCCCCGACGCGUCCUCGUCUUCCUUUUCCUCCUCCUCUUCCUCACAGCCCCACGUCAGCGUGGACUUGAUGCACAAGCGAGGUUUGGUGAAGGCGGUCAACACAGCAGUGGAUCUGAUCGUGGCCCACUUCGGGACAAGUCGAGACCCGGAUGUGAAGGCUAAACUGGGGAACAGCUGGGUGAGUCCCAACGUGGGGCACCUCAUCCUCAAGUACCUGUGUCCGGCGCUGCACGAGGUCCUGCAGGACGGCCUGAAGGCCUACGUGCUGGACCUGAUCAUCGGACAGCGGCGCUGCCAGCCCUGGAGUCUGGUGGAGGCCUCCACCCAGCUGGGCCCGUCCACGCGGGUCCUCCACAACCUGUUCUCUAAGGUGAGCCAGUUCUCGGAGCUGACCAACCACAGCAUGAGACUCAACGCUUUCAUCUUUGGCCUCCUCAACCUGAAGUCUUUGGAGUUCUGGUUCAGCCACCUGUUCACACACGAAGACAUCAUUGCCGCCCACUACAGCCCCUGGGGGCUCCUCCCCCUGUCUCAGGGGGCGUGUCAGCAUCUCUACGAGGAGCUGCUCCUCCUCCUGCAGCCGCUCUCGCUCCUCCCCUUCCACCUGGACCUGCUCUUUGAGCCGCACCUCCUCCAGAGAGGCGAGGAGCACCUGAGGCGCAAGGAGCAGCUGUGCUCGGCCGGCCAAAGCGCCGACCGCUCCGGACGCUCCACCUUCCAGCUGAUGAGGGGGUGGAGCGCCACCGUGGGCGAGAUGGUGGCCAGGAAGGAGAGGGCGGGGCUCCGGCGAGAGGGCACCUGGCCCCGGGUGGAAGCUUCCAGAGGAGCAGGUGAGAGGGACGCCACAGAGGGUGGCUUAGCGAGCCUGUGGAAGGACAGGGGGGCGGAAGGGGGGCGGGUGACGGGAGUGGGACAGGAAAGGGAAGAGCGGCGCCAGGACGAGGACGCCAGGAAGGACCGGCAGGCGGGAUGGUGGUACCAGCUCAUGCAGUCCUCGCAGGUCUACAUCGACCCGUCCGCCGAGGGGUCCAAGUUCGUCAAGACGGAGAAGAGGAGGACGUCGUCGGAGAGAAGACACUGCCGGCCGCCGCCCACAAGGGAGGGUGUGGUCGAGGGCGCCGAGUCCAGACAAGAAGGGGAGGGCCGCGGGAAAGGCGGCUGUGAGGCAGCGCCGCUCGGACCCGGAGGGCGUCCGUCGUGGAUGGGCAGCCCGCCGGAGUCGGUUCUCAGCCAGGAGAAGGGGGCGACGGGGGGCGGGACCCCCGCUGAAGCCCAGCAGGAGAGCCCGGCCCAGACUCUGCGAUGGGGGCGCCUCUUUGGCGCCAGCGUGGGGUCCCCCACCAGGGCGGACGCAACAGAGCAGAAAGCCAAAGCUCACAAGACCAGGCCACCCUCAGGCUGGCUCGGCCUGGAUGGGUCCGUUCUGGGCCUGAUGGCUCAGACCAUCGGAGCGGGAGGCGGGAAGAAGGCGGAGUCUCCGGCCGGGAGCAUCCAAACCAAAGCCCCGCCCACAUCACCCCCACCACCGAGCGCGGCGGCGGAUGCGUCCACAUGUGACGUGCGAGCGCUGUGCCACCACAUCGCCACCGAGCCGGGCCAGCUCAGCUUCAACAAGGGCGACGUCCUGCGUGUGCUCAGCAAGGCCGACCCGGAUUGGCUGCUGUGCUCGAUGGGCGCCCACCGGGGCCUGGUCCCCAUCGUCUACGUCACGCUCUGCAGCGCCGAGGACAGCCAAUAUGGCGGCCGCUGAAGCAGGAAGUGAGCAGGAAAACAUCCUAGAAUCAGACUCUCGGCGGCUCCGCCCCUUUCCCCGUGUGUUCUCCUCGACGUGUGUGGGCGGUCACGUGACUGCUGUCAAAGGGGAGGGGGCAGGGGGCGUGUCCCAGACAUGUCAGUGCAAUAUUCCUGUGACAGAUGACUGCUAUGCUAAACAUGUCCACUAGAGGUCUCUGCUAGCCUCUCGUCCAUUCUAAUUAUAACAACACAGCUUGUUGGCGCUAGCUUAGCUUCUUCAACAUCGUCAAACCAAGACGUCCCCGUGGGGGCGGGGGGGGUUCCUGGCCUGUUGGUGUUUUUUUUUUUAAUUGUAAAAAUAAAAGACAUUGCUCGGUAAUGAGGUAUGUAUGGUUAGAUAUUAGCUCUGUCAGCUAAGCUAGCCUACACUGACCGACAUUGGAUUAGCUUUAGCGGCUUCGAUGUACAAAGACAGGAAGUGACGUCACCUUUGCCGCUUCCUUUUAUGCUUGUACUGAAAAAAAAAACAUUUAUCGUCAUGAAAAUACUAUUUAUUACUCCUCAUUCAAGCUAAGAUGAAGUAUUUUAUUUAUUUAUUGACGUUUUUACUAUUAGCAUCACGAAAAUGACGUUUCAUAUUAUUUAAACAUUAGUUGUGUAUUAUGUUUUUUGUUGCUAUUUUACUUUGUCAUUAUCAUUUAUAUUUAAAAUUUACAUUUCUUGUACUACUACUACUACUAAUAAUAUUAAUAGUUGACGAUGGCGAGUUCGACGUGAGGGGUUCUGCUGCACUUCCUGUCUGAGUGCACUUCACAAUUAAAGCAUGUGUUGGAUGGAGGGAAGGGUGGUUUUGUACGAGAAAGCUGCUAAAGUCAAUCCAAUGUAGGUUAGCUUAGCGACCAAAGGAACGUAUGCGAUAUAUGAUGAUGAUUUUUCUCAUAUUUUAUUUUUACAAUAUGCCGAGGGCCAACAAAAAACGGCGCUUUGGGCGGCGCCGUCAGCAGCGAAUAUGGGGGGGGGGGGCGUUUGGGCGUCUUUUAGCUGAUGUUUGCCUUACAGGAACAGGAAGGAAUUGCACUGCUGGACACUUUAAGGUCACUGACCUCACCUUUUCUUUGUCGGCUGCCCUGGGGGCGGGGCGAGGAGGGGGUGGGGGUGAAUUUGUUAGCCAGGUGUUGGAUGGAGGAAGGAGGAGGAGUUGAAAUGUCAUUUAGCCUUUGCUUUCCUGUACAGUUGAAAUACUUUGAUAAGGUGUACCUAUGACUGUGGAAGGAAGGUUAGCAUCCGUGCUAAUAAUGCAGACAGCUUCAGUGUCAGAACAAAUGUAAAUAUCACCUUCUUCUUCUUCUUCUUCUUCUUCUGUGUACGCUAUCAAACUAACCUGGAUGUGAAAUAACAAAGUGCUCUUGUGACCACA